UGAAGAUAACUUACAUAAAAUGGGUUUCAAUCAAACUCUGUACAAUAUCUAUGUUACAAGCAAAAAUGAAGGAGGUUGUGCUAAUCUUCAUUACAUUAUCCGUAGUUACGGCUCACGUAACUAGAGAUUGGUCUAAAAUUUUACCUGCACGUGAAACAGUUCACAGAGGAUUCAGUCAGCUUGCAUCCUCUGAAGAUACAAGGAUCGUGGGAGGAAAUGAAGCUGUACCAAACUCCAUACCUUACCAAGCUGCCUUGAGACUAUUUUAUGAUGAUGGAUCAACGAAUUUCUGUGGAGGAUCUCUUAUCACCAAGAGAUACGUGCUAACAGCUGCACAUUGUUUGGUAGAUAAUCUUGUGUCGCUAGAAGUAAUUCUGGGUGCACAUAAGUUUCGUGAAAAUGAAGCUACUCAGCAAAGCAUUCCAACAUCUACGUUUAAAGUACAUGAACGAUUUAAUAACCAAACCCUAGAGAAUGAUGUAGGCGUCGUCUAUCUUGAAACACCAGCAGAAAUAAACCGCUAUGUUCAAGUGAUUGCACUUCCCAGUAGGGCUGACGUUUCGAAUAGUUUCGCGGGAUCUGCGGCAAUAGCAAGUGGUUGGGGAUAUACUUCUACUUCUGCUUCCGAUGUCACUGAAGCAUUGCGAUAUAUAAAUGUUACCAUUCUCACAAAAGCUGCGUGUAGUGUAACGUACAAGGACGUUAGAGAUUCAGUCAUUUGUUCUUCAGGAGCAGGCAAAAAAGGGCUUUGUGCUGGAGAUUCAGGCGGUCCUCUUGCGGCUAACAAAAAAUUGGUAAAUAUGAACUCCAUUUUGGCUGAUCCAGUUAUUUAUUAUUGCCUCCGCUACGGUGGUGGUAUCCACUUUGGGGAUUACAUAGGCUUCUGGCCAUUUGCUGAAGUAAUCCAUCACAACGAGGAUGUAAGGGUUGUCACUGUUAGUUCGUGGAAAGUGAUAAUUGAUAUCCAUGGCUAUUUUUUCGAAGGGUAUCCCGACAUUGUACUGACGCUUUCUAGCGUACUAACAUUCACCCAGUAA